AUGAGUAGUUUGAAGCGAGAAAGUCAAACUUGUUCGGCAUGCGGUAUAACAGCUGGUAUAUUUGUAUGUCGUGGCUGUUUAAAAUCAUUUUGCCUACAUCACACUAAUGAACAUAGAAACUCCAUUGAACAACAAAUGGAAACAAUACUUUUUAAUCAUGAGCGUUUAAGACAAUUUGUAGCUAGUGAGGAAGUAGAAGAAUACUUUCAACAAUUGCACGGGCAUGUGAGUCAAUGGGAAACACAAUCAAUUAAUAAAAUUCGUGACACUGCUAAUGAUAUUCGUCAGCAAUUAAAAUUUAUUAAUCAAAGAUAUCACGAUAGUACCGACGACCAAUUAAGACAACUUAAACAACAAAUAAGAAACGCACAAAAUGAUGGAAAUUUCUUUGAAAAUGAUCUUAAAAUGUGGCAAACUGAAAUUCAAAAAUUACAAUCGACGAUUUCUGAACAAGAAAAUCUUCAGAUUUCUCUAGCUAAUAAUUCAGAAUCAUUUAUUUCGAGAAUUAAACUUACUGAUAAAACAGAUUAUGAUGGAACAAUAGCAAUUGAUUACUUCGAAUGUAACAGAAAACAUGUGAAUUCUGAAGAUUUCACAAAUUUGAAUUUAAAAGGCGAAUAUUCAUCGGGCAAUAAAUUAUUUCGUUUCAAACUUGAUGAUUUGGAACAAAAUACUUUAGUUUUAAUGGGAAUUAUAUCUGCAAGUAGAGCAAAAAAUGUUGAUCCGUAUAAGAAUCCAACAUUUUAUGGUUGGUCAACGAAAAAUCUUGUUUAUCUACAUGGUGUUCCUCAUUCCAAUAUUGAUAAUUAUCAAAGUGAUAUCGAUGGAAAUGAUAUAUUUCAAUUAAUUCUUGAUUGUGAACGUCAAACUAUUCGAUUAAUAAAUGAACGAACACAUAGGAAAUAUGAAUUAAAUAUAGAUAUUAGUAAAUGUCCUUUUCCAUGGCAGCCGCAUGUUCGUAUUUUAAGUAGUCUCUAA